GAUGUGCUCGAUUAGUGGCGCGUCCGAUUCUUUUCAGCAUUAAAUCGGCUAUAGCAAAUGCGCGGUAAUUAAAAACGAAGAAUUUUAAGCCGCGGAAGUGGGACACAGCCUGUGCCCUUGGGUAUAGCACAUUUUAAUUUAUUUUUUUCUCCCUCAUAAAUGCUAUUUCCAUUAUUUCUUUCUGAGAAUUUGAAUUUUAAGAUCUACAUGAGGGUAAAUUUGCGCGGCUUCGUCGGUUGUGGGAAUUUUGGGAUUUAUGUGGUUUGUGCCAAGACCGGAGCGCUGCUGCAGUGCCAGCUUUUAUCGUUAUAAAACGUGCUGGCGCCAAGUUACUGAUCGUUCGGUGGAGGAUUUCAGCACAUUGCCUUGCGAUAUUCUCCCCCCCAAAAAAAGCAAAUGGAGAAGUAAGGGUCCCAAAAUAGAUCGACUUUCUUCUCUGGGAUUGUCUUUGUCUUGCUUUGUUCUGCUUGAAUCAGCUGCGGGGCUGUUGGUGCAGUGUAUCUCUUUGUUAGAAAUCAGCACCAGAUUUCAUUAACAGCGUAAACAAUUAGCAGCCCUGCUUCUUUUGAUGGGCUAAUGUUUAACAAUAAAUUAAAGUAGAUCUGGGAUGCCUUUACACUGGGCGUAUUUUUUGCUGUGUAAUUCAUAACGUCAUUGUCUUAAUAAAAUGUCUUCGUGUUCGGGAGCACUGUCUUAAAUGAUGGAAUGUGAUGUAAGAGUAUGAAAUGACUGUGAAGUACUGAGCAUCCGGCUGUCGCUAGUAGGACUGAAUUUACAUAAAAUGUCGUCUUUGCUGGAUCGGAUCUGCUAUAAAUGCAAACGCAAUUAAAAUGUAUGGUGCUGCAUGUCAACCAUUAAUCUUCUGCUUCAGGUGUUCCUAAAAUUCCACAGCACUGCCUCGCUUCCAAAUUUCAAAACUGUAUAGAAAUGUUAAUUUUCUGAUAGAAUUCCAAUGUUACUGUUAAAGGAAUGUUACUUAUAGCUGUUGUCCCCUGAAUCGGUGUUUCUUGGUGUCCUAUGGAACAUAAAAGCAGAUGGUGAUGACGCUGGAGGUGAUCCGCCCGUUGAGGAUGCGGCCAGAAGCAGUGGCUGGCGCUGAGAUGAGUCUGGGCUUGGAGCAGUGCUGAGAGGGCUUGGGGAGAGGAUUGUAGUGGAGCUCCAUCCCCAUUCCACUCCUAGCAGCUCUCUGGCCAUCCACCUCCGUUUCUGCCAGCUGGAACGGACAAGAACCUUUGCCAACUGCCCCAGGCUUCCACUGAGCUCGUUUAGGGAGAGGCAGGUGUGGCUGAGCUAGGAAAAAAACUGGAGCAGAGCUGAGAGAACUAUGAUGCCAGCGCAGCUCCUGUAGUUUCCUGCUCUAGCCACCCUCUUCAAACUGAAUCCCUUCUGUGCUUCCUCCUGUUUCUGCCCGUAUGUCUUCUGUAAAUCGGGGCAUAUUUUGGGAGGGUCAGAACAGAGGAAGUGGCAGGAGAGGAUUUGAAACACUUUUUGGGAGAAAUGUGGAGAAUUAUUUUUAACAAUGACUUAAGUUAAAUGUCCAUUUAAAUGUUGAAGUUAAGUACUUAAUGCUGAACUUAAAAAAGCAUUCCAACAGAGAUGGAAUUGUGCAGUAAUGGGUUUUGAAUUUGUACUGUAUUCUGGAAAACUUUGAUAGAGUGAAACUAGUUUGUAACAUGCUUAUGUGAAUUCUAGUAAAAUUACCUGUAAUACCAAUUCUAGAUGCUUGUUUUUAUCAUUGUAGUCCCUUAAAAAAAAUAUUUCUUUCCAUUAGCACCCGUACUAGAAUUUGAUUAUCUCAUCUGUGGAGACUGUGGCAAAGAAUUCAUGGACUCCUACCUUAUGCAGCACUUUGAUUGGGCAACAUGUGAUAAUUGCAGAGAUGUUGAAGAUAAACAUAAGCUUAUAACAAGGACAGAAGCAAAAGAAGAGUAUCUCCUUAAAGACUGUGACUUAGACAAGAGGGAACCAGUGCUCAGAUUCAUUGUGAAGAAAAACCCUCAUAAUUCACGAUGGGGUGAAAUGAAGCUUUAUUUAAAACUACAGGUAAUCAAGCGUUCACUUGAAGUCUGGGGUAGCGAAGAAGCAUUGCAAGAAGCAAAGGAGCUACGCCGUGAUAACAGAGAGAAGAUGAAACAGAAGAAGUUUGACAAGAAAGUUAAAGAACUCCGCCGUGCCGUGAGGAGUAGCUUGUGGAAGAAACAAGCUAGUAUCCACGAACAUGAAUAUGGACCAGAAGAAAACAUUGAUGAAGAUACAUAUAAAAAGACAUGCACUAUUUGUGGCCAUGAAAUAACUUACGAGAAGAUGUAGUGUUAAUGUAUUUUUUUAAAUUUUACUUUGUUUUUAAUAGUAUUUUGUAUUUAAAUCAAAUAAAUGCUAAUUAUGAACAAGAUGUUGCCA